GCGCGAUCGGCGAUAACCCUAGGCCGAGGAGGAGGAGGAGGAAGAGGAGGAGCGGCGCCAUUGCCAGCGCCCGAUUGCUGCCAGUACCGCCGCGGCAUCGGAUCAUCGAAUGGUACUCGCAGCGACAUUCUAACUAGGCUAGCAAUUGGAGGGAUUGAAAAAAGCGAGGCCCCUAGGCAAGGGAGGACUUUCAACGAUAAAAUCGUGUUGGGUUUAUGGUAUGGCCCAUCUCAUCCAUCUUGCUCUUGGAAGAUCUACCAUGCCAACAACCAUUUUAGAGUUUAAUCUGGUUUUCUAUGACGACUUUGCUCCGUGCUCGCUGCUACUCCACUCAAUUCUACUGUCAAGCCCAAGAGAGUGUGAGGCGAACACGCAGAGAAAUCUUGUUCCUGGGCCAUGGAAUUGCGGCAGCUUCAGCGCUCUCACUGCCCUCUUCGCCGAGUGCCAGGAAGCUCUACACAAACUUGGAAGAGGCAAGGGAGGCCGGCGAAGCUCGUCGCGAGGAGAAAGAGAGAGCCCAGGGUCCAAUUAUAACUCUGCCAUCGGGAAUAAGAUUUAGAGAACUCGACGCUGGCUCGGGAAGAACAGUGGCCCCCGGCGAUGUCGUCUCGGUUCAAUACGUUAUAUAUCGAUUAAACGGCAUGUAUCUUGAUUCGCUGGGUUACGGGAACGAAGGCAAAGACGACGUUGGAGACGUUCUAACGUUCCAACUGGGUGGAAGAACAGUAAGAUGUUCCUCGAGCUGUAGAACUCGGCAUGGAAGGCAUGAAGCUCGGGGGAAAGCGGAGAAUUCUUGUCAAUCCAGACUUGGGCUGGACCCAAGAAUCAAUGCAGCCUCAGCCAACAACAGCCGCAGCUGGACGGAGGCUGAUGAAUAGCUUCCAGAAACCAUUGCUGUUCGAGAUCGAGCUGGUGAAGAUUAGUGACGGAACUUGAUCAUGAAAACCCAUGUAAAAGUUCAUCACGUUGUAUGUGCUUAGAAACAUUCUAUCCCGCAAACUCCAGCAUUGAAGUUCUACACA